AUGAAACGGAGCAGGGCUGUCCAGACCGAAGGAAGAGCGCAGCAACGGCGCGAUGCAGCAAGAGGCAGCGAGUGCGUGCGAGAUACUGCUGCGAUGGAUGGAUGCAGCGUUGAAGUUGAUUUGGUGCACAAUAUCGUCAACCGGGUCAAAUACGACCGCAGUUGUUUGAGCGUCGCAAUUCCAGACGUCCGUGCUCGGUCUGGAAGCAAGGCCGCCACAAUUGGGCAGUUUGAAGAAUGGGAGAUCUGA